AUGUGGGCCUAUUAUGAGGGUCCUCGUGUGUGUUGCUGUUGGAGCUUUGCAAAGGAACACCUCGUUUAUUUGUUUCUCGGCCAUCUUCAGCCGCAAAUUUGCAAACAAACGUUCGAGAGCUUCAUGCUCGAUGUCAUUGAGCGGAGACCCUCUGUUUCAGGGUCAUCUCGACCAAUUUCUUCUACAAAGCCGACCAGAAUCCAUAGCCGUUCAACCUUAACAGAGAUUCUGGACGAUGUCGUCUUGGCUACAGUUGUUGCUCCUACUUUCCACCCUAGCCUGUAUUUAUACCGUGAGAGCCGAGUCCGGGAAUUAGCGAUCAGAUUACCAAGAAAUUGUCGUGGUCCGAAACCUUCGGUUGUGGGAGAAGAGUAUUGGAGUUCUGUUGGUUACAAUGGAGCCCUAAGGGAUGGCCGUACUACGAAUGAUUUCCUCACUCUCCCACAGUCAGGGGACGGAGAUAUUCGAUCAGGAUGGGUGGCUUACUGGAUCACAAAGACGAAAUACGGGGACGGCCAACACUAUGAGGUGUUUGGGCACGCUUUCAUGAGGAGUGACGGACGAAUUUGCGCUUUGUUUGCCGGACGAAAUCGCGAUAUGGUCGAGAUUUGUGGAGGAUUCCGUGUUCUUUCACGGAAUAAAAAUAAUCCAAAUGAAGAAAUGCCCUUCGAAUGGAUUCAAGCAGGUUACGCGCACCCACGAGAAGCACUUGGCUUCCAUCAUCAUCGAAUUGCCAAGUACGAAUGGACUCCAGAAGAUGUGAGUGGUUUACAUCCAUCAAAUCUCUCUGACGAUAGGGUGGAUAGGAGUGGCUAUAGCUGCUAUGAAUUGUUGUUGCACGAUCAUUCUACGAUAUAA